UGAUAAGGACUCCCCCUCUACCAGGUGAGCUACCGGGGCUGGAUAGAUUUAUGGAAACAUCAUGUUUAGGGUUAAAAUAAGCACUUUGUUAAGGUUAGGAGACUUUUGUCGUCUUGCUUACCAUAAUAACCACAUGGUUAAGGUCAGGGAACGAUUGUGGUCACGGUUUAAAAAUAACAAUGUUGACUGUAAGUUGGAAACAGGAAAAAAACAGCGGCUGAAACAAUGAGUCUGACGUUGUUGUUGGGAAGACAAAGAGAAGCUGCGCUUGAAUUUCCAUAGAUUUGCCUACGAACAGUAAUGAAAGAGCUGGGGUCGCAUGUUGAGACACACAGUCCACAGGUCAGCAUGAUGAUGGAGAGGAUCUUGCUGGGUGUCUUGAGUCUCUCAGGUCAGUGAAUUCUCUGAUAUUUGUGAUGUCUAACAGUGCUUAUUACUGUGGAGUAUUGUAAUACUAUGAGCUGUAAUAGUUUGAACCACCUUAUAUUUAAGAGAAGGUGUUUUCCUCAUAGGGUGGCUCAUCACCUCCAUAUGCCUUCACCGUCAGUACCACUAUGUUGCUGAUUUAAAGACUUGGACUGAAGCUGCCUCCUACUGCAGACGGACAUACACAGACCUGGCUAGCAUUGAAAACACUGAAGAAAUGAACCAACUUAUGAACACAGUUUCAUCUUCCGGCCACAACUCUGAAGUCUGGAUUGGUCUGUACAGUGUAAUCGUCUGGAGGUGGUCUGAUGGCUACAGAGGGACUGGGUCUGAAUACAGGAACUGGGACCCCAGAUACAGUGAACCAAAUUUUUAUUCAGGUCGUGAGUUCUGUGUGUUCACUAAAAAUAAUGGAAGGUGGUAUGAUCAGAUUUGCAAUACUAAAUAUCCAUUUAUCUGUUACAGAGGAACACAGCUGGAUCCUGAAUUUGUUUUUGUGAAUGAAAGAAUGAGUUGGUCCAGUGCUCAGAGGUACUGCAGGGAGAACUACAUAGACCUGGCCACUGUGAGGAACGACACUGAGACCCAGGAGAUCCAGAGUUUGGUGCCGAGUCAAGACCGGGCAUGGAUUGGCCUAUUUAGAGAUCCCAAUUUCAAUUGGUCUGAUGGUAGCAACUACAAAUUCAGCUACUGGGAUGCCGUUAAAAACCCACUUGGCUCAUUGACACAUGUAUGUGGUGUUGCUAUGCAAAGUUCAGGAAAAUGGAGGGCUGUUGACUGUGAAAGGAGAUUACCGUUUGUCUGCUACAGCCUCCCUGCAAAUAGGCAGGUAGUAAGGCUGAGGAUGAAGCCGGAGGACUCCUCUCUGGAUCUGAAUGACCCUGCUGUGAAAGCAGACAUCCUGAAAAAGCUCCAGGACAGACUGGAGACCAAAGUAGCGGGAGCCACCCUGAAAUGGAGAGAGCAGCCUGAUGGGAAGGUCUUCUUCAAGGAAGGGAAAAGUUCUCAGAAGAAAGAAAGAAAAAAGACGGAGCUCUGAAAUUUAAACCCAACUUUAGCUGUGCUUAUAGGCUUAUCAGAAACCCAUGGUGAACAUGCAUUAUAUGUGCUAUAACAUGUAGGGCUACUUGGUACGACUGUACGACGGAGUAUUAGGGCCACAUUGAGGAAAAAAAAAUAAAUCUGAGAUUUCAAGAAUAAAGUCAUAAUAUUAUGAUAAUAAAGUCAAAGAUUUACAAGAAAAAAGUCGUAAUAAUCAGA